GGCCGGGGCCGCCAGCGCCCGCCGCCGCAAACAGAAGAUGCGGAGCGCCAGAGCCGCCGCUACUCGGACAUCUGAGCCGCUCAGCGGGCGGGGAAGGUGGGGGGAGGAUCUCCCGCUGCCCAGAGGGCCGCCCCGGGCUGCCCCUGGGUCCUAAACUCCCUGCUCCCGAGCAAACCGGGCCCGGCCUCUCUCCAAAACGCUGCUCACCCCAGCGUCCCGCCCCGUGAGGCCCAGUCUGGGGACAGUCCGAGGUCUGUCUUCACUAGAGCCGCGGCGCUGCGGCCCCCGAAGUCUCUAAGCGUCAAGGGAACGGGCCAAGGGCUGGGGAGGGAUGUCUGAGGGCAGUCCUGACCCCUUGGACAAUGGGCCUAAGAGAGUUAUGAGGACCGACCGCCAGACCGUCAGCGAUCGGGACACGGCUGUCCCGGCGGCCAGUUUCGCGCGAGGCGGGCCAGCCGCGCUCCAGCAGGAGGCGCUACAAGACUGGCCGAGCACUUCCCCAGGAAAAAGAUGGAUCAUGUGAGUGGGACUGAGAGGUUUAUGGAGCUGAGCUCCCGCGGCUGUAAAUCACCCUGCCCUCCCCGGUAUAAAGCGCCCGUCCAUCCCGGCGUUAGAGAGAGGACACACUCGCCGCCCCCUGACCCCAGCUCAGCGCGGGCGCCCGGCCCAGCCAGUGACCCCUCCAGCCUCCUCCAGUCGCCUCUGCCAUGUCCGAGGAGCUGCCCACGGGCCCCAAGGAGAGCCCGCCGGCACCGCGGGCAGCCCCCCGCGAGGCGUGGAAGAAGGGCGGCCGCCUGCUGUCCGUGCUGCUGGCCGUGAACGUGCUGCUCCUCGCCUGCACGCUUAUCAGCGGCGGCGCCUUCAACAAGGUGGCGGUGUACGACACCGACGUGUUCGCCCUGCUCACCACCAUGAUGCUGCUGGCCGUGCUCUGGAUCCUCUUCUACCUCCUUCGCACCGUGCGCUGCCCCGACACCGACGCCGUCCCCUACCGGGACGCGCACGCGGGCCCCAUCUGGCUCCGAGGUGGGCUGGUGCUGUUUGGGAUCUGCACUCUCGUCAUGGACGUCUUCAAGACCGGCUACUACUCCAGUUCCUUUGAGUGCCAGUCAGCCAUCAAGAUCCUGUACCCUCUCACCCAGGCUGUGUUUGUCAUUGUGCAGACUUACUUUCUCUGCAUCUCCGCUAAAGACUGUGUUCACAGCCACCUGGACCUGACUCGAUGUGGUCUCAUGUUCACGCUCACCACCAACCUGGCCAUCUGGAUGGCAACUGUGGUGGAUGAAUCGGUGCACCAGGCCCAUUCCCUCGGCAGUCCUCACGGCAACACCAGCCAUACCCGCCUCGCUCUGGAAUCGGAGCGUGCGGGCGGCCCAGUCGGAGAAGACUGCUCCUGCAACACGGACGUCUGCCAGAUCUUCCAGCAGGGCUACUUCUACCUGUACCCCUUCAACAUCGAGUACAGCCUCUUUGCUUCCACCAUGCUCUACGUCAUGUGGAAGAACGUGGGCAGGCUGAUGGCCUCCUCUACCUGCGGCCACAGCCACGCCCCAUCCCUGCUCAGCCUCUUCCGGGAGACCUUUUUUGCCGGCCCGAUCCUGGGCCUGAUGCUUUUCGUCGUGGGGCUGGCUGUCUUCAUCAUCUACGAGGUCCAAGUGAGUGGGGAGAGGAGCCACACCCAGCAGGCCCUGGUCAUGUACUACACCUUCAACAUCGUCUGUCUGGGACUCAUGACCUUGGUCAGCCUGAGUGGCUCAGUCAUCUACCGUUUUGACCGCCGGGCCAUGGACCACCGUAAGAACCCCACGCGCAGCCUGGACAUGGCUCUGCUGGUGGGUGCCGCCCUGGGCCAGUACGCCAUCUCCUACUACUCUAUCGUGGCUGCAGUGGCGGGCACACCCAGGGAGCUGCUGGCGGGGCUCAGCCUGGCCCACGCUCUGCUCAUGAUCGCCCAGCACACCUUCCAGAACGUUUUCAUCAUUGAGAGCCUCCACCGGGUUCCCCCCGGGGCUGAGCCUCAUGGUACUCCCCCCAAGGAGCCCUGCCACGGCCUCACCUUUGCCAACCUGGACACCCUCCACACCUUGCCUGCCUGCCCACCCACCCCCAGGCUGGUUGGCCCCAGCCCAGCAGGACCUCAGGGAGCAGUGAGCAUCACCUUGGCCCCCAGGGGCCACUGGAGAUACCGGUGCUUGAAGGACAUUUCUCUGUUUCUCCUGCUCUGCAACAUCAUCCUGUGGAUCAUGCCCGCCUUCGGGGCCCGCCCCCACUUCAGCAACACCGUGGAGGUGGACUUCUAUGGCUACUCCCUCUGGGCAGCCAUCGUCAACAUCUGCCUGCCCUUCGGCAUCUUCUACCGCAUGCAUGCUGUCUCCAGCCUGCUGGAGGUCUACAUGCUGUCCUGAAGCCCCGCUAGAGACGUGGGGAGGAGGGGCUCAGCUCCUGCACCCACCCAGAGACCCCCAGGGAAUGAAUCCCAGGCUGGCAGUCACUAUGCCACGUAACUACCCAUUCCCCCGCUGGCCUCAGAGUGGAAUUUUCACAAAAGUUAUUUUUCCAGGAUGAGUUUUUAAAUCACAAUCAGGACAUGCAUAUCCCUGGGGCAUGGGGCAAGCGGGGGUGGGGGUGGGGGUGAGGAGGACCUCUCCCUGCACCCUUCCUAGGACCAGGCAAGAUCUGGAAGUGUCCUAGCCUCUAGCUCCACCCCUACCCCCGCCCCGUGUCCUGGCCAAUGCUGCCGCCUGGAGCUGGAAACCAAUAAACCUGCUCUUCUCCCUGCCCCACCCUGUGCCCACUUCGUGUCUCAGCAGCCACAUCUAAGAUGAUCACAGGAGGGGGUCUUGGGGUCGGAGCUGCAAGGGCCCCUGGAGAUAUUCAGGGCUCAGGCUUUUCUGUGGGUGAGCCAAGUCUGAGUCACAGACUAGUUACAGACUCGUACCUGGGUGGCUGGGAGGGGCUGGGUGGAGUACCCAGGCUGCCACCUUCCU